AUGGCUCCCUUCUCUUUCGCGCGCCGGGCGCAAUCUGCAGCUCAGACGAACGGUGCUGCUCCGUCGCUCUUCAACGAUUCACGCGCAUCUAAUGGCACCACCUCCACCGACCCCCUGCAGCCGUUGCGCGCAAUGGCCGACCGAGUAGGCAAAGAGGUGGAAAAGUUCGCGGAGAGAGUCGACUACUGGCACACACAUGGGAAGGGAAAUGCCACAGACAGGCAUCAGGCGACUGUCAAUAUGGUGGGACACUUCAGGGAUGUCGCCGAGUCGCAGGUAUUAGAGCUGAAGCGCACAAGCGGGUCCGAGAACCAAGGGGCGCUGAACAAGAGCACGCGUCGUCGCGUACAAAACAUGGAAGAAGGAUCAUUUGGGCAGUCAUUCCAAACUCUCGCCCAACCUUCCGCACCGCUCGACUCCGCAAGCGUGCAGGAAUUGCGCCAAUGGCAGGCUGAAUUAGCAACAUGGGAGCUCUUGCGCAUCCUAGUCGAUCACCACCACCCCGAGCCCGGUCGCGAUGUCGAGGCAGAGAAGCAAGCGCGGCUAGGACAAGUCGGAGGAAACAAGCGCUACAGUCCGAAUAGCGAGAUUUGGGACCGAUUUCUGUUAGAAGACGACCAGGCAAAAGAGAAAGAUUUGAUACUGCGCUGGUUGGAGCAAACUGCGCAAGACAGCGAGAGUGACAUUGAGUCAAUCACUGCGGUCUUGGAAGAGAAGUCUGGCAAAGGCGCGAAUACCUGGACGAGUGGCUGGCUGGAUACCAAAUCGAAGAUCAAGCAGGCCAAGCGUAUAGAAGGCUCAGAAAAGCCGCUAAAGCCACAAAGUUCGACAUUGAAGACCGCGGAUCGAUCAGCGCAGCUGGUUACUCAGUUGGAUCCCGAUGCGCCGUCGCGUCAGAAGCGCGUAUUGGAGAAGUCCGACGAGUUCUACGAGAAGGCUCUUUGGCUAGUCUGUUACGAGAUGAUGCGCCGUGGUGUCCCUUGGAACGAGAUCUGCGACUGGGCUCUAGAAAGAAACGAAGCUUGGCGCGGAGUGAGCAUAGGCGCUGCAUACGAGUCACAAACACCGGGUAGUCCAAAUGUUGCUGGUGACACAGUCGGGUACCUGUUCCGCCGUAUGUGUUUCUAUGCCGCUCAGGGUACCAGAUUGCAGUACGAAGGUGCUGUGUAUGGGCUUCUGAGUGGAGAUCUAGGCAAGGUUCGAGAGGUUGCGCGCACCUGGGACGACCAUCUGUACGCGCACUACAACGCGCUCCUACUCUCUCGAUUCGAUUCGUACCUGCAACGUCAAUACUCGAGCCGAGUCACACAGAGCCUGAGCCAGAGGUUCGUCUUCCACGACGCUGUAGCCAAUCUUGGAGAAUGGUCGAAUUCUCCCAGAUUGGUCAUCGACGCGUUGAAGCAGCAUAAAGCCUCAUCAGCACUCGCAAGUGCGCCGAUUAAGCUUGUCCAGGGCGCUUUGAUCGGUCGAUCCGUGGAAGAGCUUGUUCACACUGUUGGUAUUGCGCUAGCUGAGCUACAACAGAAGGAUGGUGGACUCAAAAACCUCAUGAUCCAUCCUGAUUCGCCUGAGAACGAUAGAGGGCCGCAGGCUGCGUCUGGACAGCUUACUGCGACGGCGGACCAGUCCUGUCAGGCACUUGUCAGCGACCCACACGCCUUCCGUACCCUUGUACAUAUAUUCAUCGCGCUUAGGGGCGGUCUGGGUUUGCUUGAUGCAGAAGACAGGUCACAACGCUUGGCGAUGGACAACGUCAUUGCUGGCUACAUCGAAUUCCUGCGCCUCAGCAAGCGCAUCCAGCUUAUCCCUCUCUACGCGGCGCAGCUAGAGGAGACACGGCAAGCCUACUCACUGGCACGCGUGUUGCCAGACAUCAAGAACCGAGAUGAGCAAAGGAACUGCAUCGCCUUGCUGGACUCGUACGGCGUCGACAAUGUCGAAGUCGUGGCGCAGGGCUUCCUCCUUGCGUUCAACCAGAGCGGAUUCAUCCAUUUUGACGAUGACGGCAACUCUGUGAUCACAAGCCCCAUCAAGCGUUUCCAGUUACUCGAGUCAACAGAGUCAAUGGAUCAUAACAACACGCUUCUGUGGCCUGGUCAGCGGAUCAGGCCCCAGUUUGAGGGGUCUCAGGUUGAGUCCAAAGAUGAGGGCAUGAUUGAUGCAAUCUACUGGUAUAACUACCUCAACAAGGAAGUUGAUGCAACAUUCGAACACCUGAAGAACGCCUUAAUGAUCUUCCUCCUCAACGGCCGCCUUGCCGCUGCCGAGAGGAUGAUUGAAGAGGUCAACGUCGAAUACCUCUCCCUAUCCAGAACCGAGGCACUCUGCGGAUACCCCUUCGAUUUCAACGCUCCGGGCGCCGAAGUGCAGAACGAAAGCGUACUGCACGCCCAUCGCGAGACACUCUCACGCGAAGCUCGGAGCAGACUGCCUGUAUCGCAACUGCCUGAUGCCAAGGAGCAUGAGCAGAUUGUGGAAUACCUAAGGGCACGCAGCGCACCGUACUACGACCUCCAGCAGCUCGUCCGCAUCAUCGCCAUGUUCCGCGACUGGCGUGUUCACGAACGGGAAGUCAUCAAGUAA